GGGGGCAAUAGGAGAAAGGAAAAGGCAGAAAGAGAAUGAGCUCUUCUUCCUCCCCUUCUUCGCCGCAGCGUUACAGGGGUGGCAAUAGUAACGGUGGCGGUGGAGGAGAGGAUCAGAGGCCUAGAUUCUUUGAUAAAAUGGUGAAAAAAAUGUGCUGGCAAAAUGCAGAAAUAGUGCCUGGUCGACACCCAGAGAGAUGGCGCAAGGACGCUGCUGGAAAUAUUGUUUGCAAGCGCUUUUGCAACUGUCAUGGUUGUCUCUGUUACGAAUACGAUCAUAUCCUUCCCUUCUCUAAAGGUGGUGAAUCUACUGUAGAUAAUUGUCAAAUUCUUCAAACAAGGGUCAAUAGGUUUAAAUCUAACAAACAAGAGUUGGACAAAACUCAAUUGAAAGGUUACUCUUGCGAAAUCAAUUUCACUGAUAAGGAGCUUGACAUAAUCGAAAUGGCUGUUUAUGGGGAUGUCAUCAGGCCUGGAAACCAGUGUCGUUGCAGAACUAUUGCUGAAAUGCUUGGCCAACUCAAGUCAAAAGACCGUGUGGCUGCUUGCAAAUUGCCAUUUAGCAACGAAUCUUUGUAGAGGGUUAAAAUUCCGUUUUGGAACUAAGUUGAACAACUUAUUAUUUGCAUCUGGCCUCAUAAAAUUUCAUCCAUGAGGUUUGCACACACCAUCUCGAUAUACCUUUCUUUGAUAUGCUAUCUGUUGACUGAAACUGUAUCAUCACCUAGACGAAUGUUUGAAUGCAAUUGAUUGAAUUGGACCCUUGUAAUUUCUUACGCUA